AUGGACAGCACGGCGUUGGAAGUCGACGCGAUCAAAUUCGCCAAAACCGCGGUUACCUACGACCAGAAUGGAAAAUACAACGAGGCGGUGUUUUAUUAUAAGGAGGCCGCCCAAGCGCUUAUCUACGCUGGCAUGGCGGGUUCCAAGCUAGACGGCAUCCAGGACAAAGUGAACGAGUACCUGGAUCGAGUGCAGACACUUCAUAAUGCUGUGAGCUCGGCGGAAGCGCAAAAGAGUGACCCGCUAAAAUCCCCUCAUCAGGUGGACCUAGAGCGUGCCCACUUCCUGGUCACGCAGGCCUUCGAAGAGGAUGGCAAGGGAAAUGAUGACGAAGCUGUGGAGCUCUAUACUCAGGCCGUUGAGCUGUGCAUCAAAACGUCCAACGAGACAUCUGACCAGGUGUUGCAGACCAAGCUGAAGCAGUUGGCACAUCAGGCUCUAGACAGAGCCGAAGGUCUCAAACAAUCACAGUCCAAAUCCGGUCCGUCGCAGACCCAGGAAAAGCCGGGACCCUCGGGCGUGAAGCCCGGCACGUCGGGACCCGUCCGGCAGUUUUUCCCACUGGGUCCCGACUUUAGCCUCCACGACCGGCCACAGCCUCAACCGAUGAGGGCGGUCCAGUCCAGUGAACCGCAUGGUCAGCGAUACACGUCAGAUGAGAUUGAGGUCCUCAGGAGCACGUCGACAAUCAAUGGGAUCUCCUUCGUUCCCUUCAUGAGCGUGGACCUCAAGGAGCGCUUUGCCUUUCCCGUGCCGUUCUCAGACAAAAUGGGCACGCUAGCUCUGUCGCCUAAGCAGAAAGCCAUCUUCUCCCGCUGGGUGCGACCCGAUGAGUUCUGCAACAGUCCCACCAUGAUCAUGUCUGUAUCCAGCUUCAGCAUAAAGCAGACGGUGGUGUCCGACUGUUCCUUCGUGGCCUCGCUCGCCAUCAGCGCCGCCUACGAGAGACGCUACAACAAGAAGCUAAUCACCAGCAUCAUUUACCCUCAGAACCGACGUGGAGAACCCGAGUACAAUCCGUGCGGGAAGUACAUGGUCAAGCUGCACAUCAACGGCGUUCCCAGGAAGGUGAUCAUUGAUGACCUUCUGCCGGUGGACCGCAGCGGGGAGUUGCUAUGCUCAUACUCCAGCAACAGGAACGAACUGUGGGUAUCUCUCAUAGAGAAGGCUUACAUGAAGGUGAUGGGAGGGUACGACUUCCCAGGAUCCAACUCGAACAUCGAUCUUCACGCACUCACCGGUUGGAUCCCCGAACGCAUCGCCAUGCACUCAGACAAUCAGUCCUUUAGCAAAGACGACACUUUCCGCAUGCUCUUCCAAAGGUUCCACAGGGGCGACGUCCUCAUCACCACAGCGACCGGCGUGAUGACUGAAGAAGAAGGGGAGCACUGGGGCUUGGUGCCAACUCACGCCUACGCCGUCCUCGACAUCAGGGAAUACAAGAACAUGAGGUUCCUUCAGCUGAAGAACCCGUGGAGCCACUUGCGCUGGAAGGGGCGCUACAGCGAGCGCGACGAGAAGAAUUGGACGCCAGAGCUUCUCAAGUACCUCAAUUUUGAUCCCAAGACGGCCCAGAAGUUUGAUAACGGUGUGUUUUGGAUCGCCUGGGAAGAUUUAUGUCAGUACUAUGAUGUAAUUUACCUGAGUUGGAACCCCGCCCUCUUCAAAGAAUCCACCUGCAUCCACAGUAGCUGGGAUGGAAACCAAGGCCCGGUCAAGGAUGUUUACAGUUUGGCCAACAACCCGCAGUACAAGCUUGAGGUGCAAUGUCCAGCAGGGGGUGCUGCCGUAUGGGUGCUGCUUUCGAGACACAUCACGGACAAGGAGGACUUUGCGCAAAACCGAGAGUUCAUCACGCUGGUUGUUUACAAGACCGACGGAAAGAAGGUUUACUAUCCAGCCGAGCCGCCUCCUUACAUUGAUGGAAUUCGGAUCAACAGCCCUCACUACCUGACAAAAAUCCGUCUGACCAACGGCGGGUCGCACACCUUCACGCUGGUAGUGUCGCAGUACGAGAAGCAGAAUACCAUCAACUACACGCUGAGGGUGUACUCCGGUUGCAAAUUCAACUUCUCCAAAAUCCCAAAUCCCUUCACACACACCAAAAGGAUUAACGGACAAUGGAAAGGUGUGAGCGCCGGCGGUUGCGGCAACUAUAAGGACACGUACAAGAACAAUCCCAUCUACCAGUUGCAACUGGAGCGGCCCGGUCCUCUACUAAUAGAACUUCGAGGUUCCAGGCAAUACAGCGUUGGCUUCGAGAUGAUCACCGUGUCCACCACCAGCGACUCCGCCUCGAAUUCGACACCAAAGAGGAGCAGCGGAGAUUACAGGUGCGGAUUCUGCUACAUGGAAGCAGACCACGUGCCGGCGGGCGUCUACAAUGUCAUUCCCACCACCUUCUUGCCUAAACAGGAAGGACCCUUUUUCUUGGACUUUGCAAGCACCGCCCCUCUUAAAGUAGCGCAUCUGCAAUGA